AUGUGCCAGAUAGCCUUGCCCGUUUAUUGGAUAGUACACACAUUCUGUACUAAAACCCUCCUCUCAACCGACAAUUGCCUUGUCAGUACAUCAACAGCACAUUACUCUGCAAACAUUUAUAUUUGUAUCUCUGGCUGUCACAUUGGAACAGUAUAAGAGAAUAGUACGAUCAACGAGCUAAUCAAGAUUUUCCUCUCUUUCUCUCUCUCUCUCUCUCUCUCUCUCUGGUGUGUGGGGGUGAGCUACAGGGGUUGUUCUGGUCUGGUUGUUCUGACAUUGGUCUGUACACCAGCCUGUGCCUGUACCUUGACUGGAUCAGUGACAUCAUGAACACCCCUGAUCCUACACCUGAACCUGUGUGGACCACCACAGCAGCAGCUACAACA